UACAGCAAUUGGAAGACCAAGUCAAGGAGCUGACAACAGAGCUAUCACAGCUGAAAGUGGGUCGAGUGCAUUUUAACAGAUUUGGUGUAUCAGACAAGGACAUCCUUUUUUACACAAGAUUCACAUCAAGAGAUGUUUUUUGUGCCUUCUGGGAGGCUAUUCAACCAUCUGCCUCCAUGGUGGUUUAUUGGUCGAAAGCUCAGAAAAAGGGACAAACAGUUGCACCCAUUUCUCCCAGUCCAACGCGUAGACUGCAACUAGUUGAUGAGUUUUUUCUCUUCUGCUGCCGAGUUGCUGCAGGCCUGCAAGAGAAGGUGCUGGCUGACAUGUUUCAGGUCAGUGUGUCCACUGUCUCCCGUGUUGUUAUAACGUGGGCCAACUACCUUUACCUGCUCCUUGGCACCCUUCCCAUCUGGAUGAGUAAACAGCAAGUCAAGGACACCAUGCCAAGCAAAUUUGUGCAGUAUUGUCCAGAUGUUCGGGUUAUCAUCGACUGCACCGAGGUGCGAUGCCAGAAUCCAUCAUCCCUCACUCUCCAGUCAGAGGUUUUCUCAUCGUACAAAAACACGACAACCUUUAAGGGAUUAAUUGGGAUUGCCCCAUGUAGUGCUGUGACUUUCGUAUCAAGUCUCUUCACCGGCUCCAUCUCUGACGUUCAGUUGACUGAACGAAGUGGACUGCUCGACUUACUGGAGCCAGGAGAUGGCUGCAUGGCAGACAAGGGUUUCACCAUCACGAAGCUACUAGCUGAUCGUGGGGCAACGCUGAUUAUACCACCCUUCAAGAUGACAGCGCAGUUCACCAAAGAGGAUGCUCUAAAAACUCAAGCAAUCGCCCGACUUCGAAUCCUCGUGGAGAGAGCAAUACGCAGAGUCAAGGAAUACCGCAUCUGGGAACACACUCUCCCUCUAACCUUGUCUGGGACAGUCAACCAGCUGUGGACUGUCUGUUGUGUGAUGACCAACUUCCAGGGACCACUUGAUUUAAAAGGCUACAUCCCUGUUGAGUAGUGUUUCCCCCGAUCCAAGUAUUCAAAAUAAUGUAAAUAAAUAUGUAAUAAUGUAAAUAAUGUAAAUAUGUAAUACUGUAGUAAAUAAUGCGAAAUACUCAGAAAAAGGGAAUUAAUAAAAUCCUUUAUUCAUACA